CCCCCCUCACGUCGCACCGUGACCGGCCGUAUCAUGUGCCCGUGCUGGUCGUAGUGUCGUGUAUUUGUUGUAUUAUAGUCGCCGCCGCCGCCGUCGUUGCUCGUCAUGUUCUCGACCGUUCGUCAGCUUUGCCGCCUCCGUAGCAGCGGCAGCCUCGGCCGCCUGUGAACAGUGACCGAACUCGCGCGCGCACCCACUCGUUCACCCGAUCACACACUCUCACACACACACACAUACACCCGCGUGUCAGACAUGAGUACAUGACUUAGGCGGUCACCGGUGUGUACGCUCGUGCCCGACAAGUGACCGGUCGUCGCCGGGUCCGGUGGUCCGUCGUUGUGGGGUGACACUAACGCGAGCAGGUGGCAUCUCGAGCCCCAGCCUCGCAGCAUCCUCCGCCGCCGCCAUGGCCGUCGAGAUUUCGGUUACUUUGUCCCGACCGGAAAUGCCUUCGGGACUGGGAUUUUCUUUGCUCGGUAUCGCCGACUGCCCGCCGGUCAUCUACGACAUCAUCGAGAACACGCCAGCUGCCGAAUGCGCUCAGAUUGAAGUUGGUGAUGUUAUCAUAAAGAUAAAUAAUGAAGAUGUGCAAACAUGUACAAUAAAAGAAGUAUUGAAAUGCUUGAGAUUAGCACAAAACCCCAUUAUUUUGAAACUAGUCAGAGAUCCUGCUAUUAAAAAUAAAGUACAUGAUAAACUGGCUGAAGAUGGAAACUCUCCUCAAUUAUUACUACGUGAUAUAGAUUCCCCACCACCUCCACCACAACAUCAUCCACCACCAUUAGAAAUGGUUACUAGAACAAAUACAAAUAAAAUUGAAGCCCCUAAAUAUGAAGCAUUUAUGAUGACUGGUGAGAGAGUUAUCAAAAUGUCUAAAAAUAGUCAGGUCUCUUUAUUACCAAAGAGGGAUCGAAAAGUUGAUUGUUUGGUAAAAAAUGGUGGCCCAAAAAAAUUCCAAAAAGUAAAUUCAAAUUCUGUUCCUAGUAGUCCUGUCGAAAAUGAUCGACCAAACAUAGCAAAACCUAAUUCUGGAAAUACAUCACCAGUUUCCCCUCCUCCUACAAAUAUGUCCAACUAUAAACGUGGCUCUCGUUCUGAAGAUCCUUUACGUUCAAAUUCUGAGUACCCAAUGUCUUCUACUACGAGUAUUGAUACUGAAGACGAAGAUAUUACAUCUUCUUGUAACACCUUAUUAAAUACUAAUAUAAAACCACUUGAAAUGGAAGACAAAAGAGUGUUGUGGACAUAUAAUGCUGGUCAUGUUCCUGAUGAAACAUCAGCUUCUUGCAAUUCCCUCCAAAAAGUUCUAUCACCUACGUCACCAACAUCCAUAUCCUCAUCAAUAAUGUCAUCACCUUCUGACCGGCGACGACCAGCCAAGGGAUCAUUCCGUGGCAACAGUCAUCCAACUAGCAGUCAUUCAAAUAUAUCAAGUCCUGACUUCCAAGACACUGCAGAUUCAGAUUUCUUGAUUAACUCACGUGAAUUAGAGGUGUCAGAUCCUAGUGACAGUGAUUCAACUAUUGUAGCAAGCGAACCAAAGAUAAGAAAGCGAUCUACAGAAGGACAGUACACAUAUUAUGAUAAUCAUACAGACCAUCGAAUUGUCAUACAGGUAAAAGGUCCAGAAAAAACAAAUUUAGUUAAAGACAAUGAAAAUAAUAACAGAUAUUACAAUGACAAAGAAAAUAUUAGUAACAAUGAACAUCAAGAUUUUAAAGACGAAGAAGAAGUUCAACAUUUAUUAGCAUUAAUGGAAGGUGCAGCUCAGUUGGCUAAUUCUGUUACCAAUAAUGAUGAGCACUGGACACAAAACGAAGAUUUUGAUUCUGAUAGCUUACAUAGUUUUCAUUAUUCGCCUAAAGCUGUGGAUAUGCCCUCGGCAGUAAGACUUGCCAAACGCUUAUUUUAUUUAGAAGGAUUCAAAAAAAGUGAUGUAUCUCGACAUUUAAGUAAAAAUAACGAAUUCAGUAGAGCAGUUGCUGAAGAAUAUUUGAAGUAUUUUGAUUUUAAAGGAAAUUCGUUAGAUUUGGCAUUAAGGCAUUUUUUGAAACAAUUCAGUUUGACCGGAGAAACCCAAGAAAGAGAAAGAGUGUUAGUCCAUUUUUCCAAACGGUUUUUGGACUGCAAUCCUCAAUGUUUCAACUCUCAAGAUGCUGUUCAUACAUUAACUUGCGCCAUUAUGCUAUUAAAUACAGAUUUACAUGGCCAAAUGAUUGGACGUAAAAUGACAUGUAAUGAAUUUAUCGAAAACCUAGCUGGUUUAAAUGAUAAUGAACAUUUUCCACGUGACGUUCUUAAAUCAUUGUACAUGGCUAUUAAGUCUAAUCCUCUUGAGUGGGCAAGUGAUGAUGAUUUGGAUGAAAAUCAACUAAAAAACGCAAUUGCUAGUCAGCCAAUUGAUGGUCUUGGAAAUAAAAUUCCUGGCCAAAUAGGCAAAAGUGGGGGAAGUUAUGAUGAAAAUGUCAUGACUCAAGCUUUAGAGUAUAAAAAAGGAUAUGUGAUGAGAAAAUGUUGCAUGGAAGCCAAUGGAAAGAAAACUGCAAGAGGAAAACGUAGUUGGAAAAUGUACUAUUGCACAUUACGUGAUCUAAUUCUUUAUUUACAUAAAGAUGAUUCUGGAUUUAGAAAAUCUCAAAUUAGUGAUAGUAUUCAUAAUGCAAUACAUAUACAUCAUGGCCUAGCUACUAAAGCUACAGACUAUACAAAAAAACAACAUGUGUUUAGACUUGUUACUGCUGAUCAAGCAGAAUAUUUAUUUCAAACUAGUGAUUCUAAGGAAUUGGAUUCAUGGAUAAAUACAAUUAAUUUUGUAUGUGCCAGUUUUUCUGCACCACGAUUGCCAAGUGCUGUUGGAAAUCAGAAAAAAUUCCAAAGGCCAUUAUUACCAUCAGCUCCAACAAAAUUAAAUUUGCGGGAACAACUUCGUGAACAUGAAGAUACUUUGCGACAACUAGAAGUAGAACUUGACAUACAUAAAAAGAAACCGCCAGAACGUGGGACUAAAAACAUCACAUUACAAUUUUAUAAAGAAAAGGAAUCACAUUUAUUAGAAGAAUUUAAGCGUUAUAAAACAUAUGUCUACUUGUUGAGAUCUAAAAUGAUUCAACACCCAGAGUAUGACUCAAGUACUGCGUUAAUGGAGACUGAUGAUGAAACAGAAGUGGUAUCUGUUAAUGAACAAAACAGUUCAUUACCUACUUCAAACAGAGUUGCCAGGUGCAGGGAUACAAUAUUUUAUUUUAGAAAAUUGCAGGGAUCAAUUUACAUUAGGCUCUGUAUAUGCAAGUUUGGUACAUAAUUUCUGAUAUUGCAUAACACUUAUAUUAUUAACAAAUAUGACCUUUGCAAUGAUUGAAAUAAUGUUGAGUUCAAACUAAUUAGCUUUUGCUUUAUUUAUUUUCUAAUCAAAUGCUUGAGUUUUAGAAACGCAAUGACAUAACAAAAAAAAAAACAAACUAAUUUUAAAUACUUGAAACAAAAAUUAAUUAUUAAUUAUUAUUUUAAUUGAUGAGUAAACAAAUAAAUAUUAUUUGCACUACGUAAUAAACUUUAUAUUAAAACAAUUAUUAUCUGAUUUAGAUAGUAAUAAAUCAAUUUUGUCAUUUUUUUUGAAAAAUAUUUUAAAUCAAUAAAAACAAUAAUCAGUCUAUUUUAUACUCUAAUUGAUGAAUAUUGAAUAGAUUUAUUGUGCUAUUAAAGAAUUUGUAUUUGUUGAACAUGUACUAUGAUUUAUUUAUAAAUACAUAUUAAAGAUGUAUAAUACCUAAAUAAAUAUUUCCAAUACAUUUUAGAAUUUUACAAAGCUAAAUUUGACCAUAAAAUAAAUUAAAUCUAUUUAAACAUUUUUGUUCCAAUAAUAAACUCUUUUUUUCAGCUAAAUGAAAAUGUUUGCAAUUUAAACUUCAUGAAUGUUAAGUAGUGCUUUUUCAAAAUCUUGUGUACUUAAAAUAGCAAUAACCUAUAAUGACUAAUAAUUUCAUAAGAAAAAAUUGUCUUUGAUUUUGUCAGAAAUGACUUAUACAAAAUAUUAAUCGAACACUUUCAAUUUUAUUAAAAUAUGUUAUGAUAUGAAUUUAUAGCAUGUAUCAUUUAUUUUUUGUUUGCAAUUCUGCUAAUAAACUUAUACAUUUUUUAAACAUUGUAGGUAUAAUUUAACAAUUCUUAGAUUACGAGUAUUACUUACAAAAUUUAAUCACAAAAAAAUAAAAUUUAUAGAUAACUGCUUUGAUUGAUAUAAAAUAUCACACUUUACCACACUACACUGUACUGAUUGAUAAUCACAAGAAAUUUGCACAGAAAUUUCUGUUUUGACUCAUGCAACACAUUAACAUUUUGCGCGAGAAUUAUAUUAUUAUAACUAUUAUUAUUUCUAUUUCAUCAUGAGAAUGUUUUGUGUUUAUGCAUGGUAAAGGAGUAUCGAUGCUUGAAGCUGCAAAAUAUGCCACUGGACUUCCAAGACAUUGUCACCUGGCUGUGUAGUUAAUCUUAUUUUGUUUUUUUUUUUAUAUUAUUAUUUUUUUAACACUUGAUAAUGUUAUUGAUCCCUAAUCAAAAGUAUGCAAAUAAAUUCUGAACAAUUUAUAUUUAUAUAAAUAUAUUUAUCUCUAUGUAAACAUUAUUUUGACAUCUCUAUUUUGUGUAUAACUAUUCUAAAAUUAUGUUUGCAUAAUAAAAAUAAUGAUUUUUAUAUUAUUUAUUAAUUGGUUAGACUAAUAUAAUACCAUUUAUAAAUUUGAAAAAGUAAAUUUUGACAAAAAAUAUUUCACAUUUUAUAAAUAUUUAAUAUUAUUUUUGUUCCAUCUAAUGUAAUUCAUUAAAUUACUCUUUAACAAAUUACUCAUCUUUAAAUACUUAAACAUUAUAAUUAAACAAAACAUAUUAUUUUUUACUUAUUGAAAAAUUUAGUUUAUAUUUUAAUACCUAAUGAAGUAAAUAGACUUAUAAAUAUAUGUAUGUAAAAAAUACAUACACUUCCAUCAUAGAAGUCGUAAAUGGUGAAGAUUUUGAUUUCUUCUUUCCAAGUUUAGGCUUUAUUUGUAUAAUAUUCUAUAAUGUGCCAAAUUAUUUUUUGAUCUACAAACCAAUUAUUUAAUUUUGACUUAUUAAACUACCAUUAUUAUAAAUAUCUUGCCUAUUACUUCUACAUACAAUAUAAUUAUCUAAUUUAUAAUGUAUUAUCUACAUAAUUUUUAAAAAAAAACUUGUAUCCUGACAAAUAGUCUUGUAAAAUGUUAUUUAUUUAAUUGUAAAUUUGUUUUGAAAUAAUGUAAGUUUUUUUAUUGUUCAUAAGGAAUUAUUGAUCUUUUAUUGUUAUAUAUAUAUAUAUAUGUGAUUGUACACAUUGUAAUAUAUUAUUUUGUAAUUCAGUUCACUUCCUUGUCAAUAACAAAAUCAUCACUACUUAUUAUUAUCAAUAUUAUGAUAUACCAAAUAAAACUUUUCUUUGUUAUUAAAGUUAUGUGUUAAACAAACAUGUUAACAUUGUUAUACGGUGUUACUAAACACUUAUUGUUAGAUUUUUUGUGUGUUUGUGUGUGUGUGAACAUAAUUAAGCUGUUAUAUAAUUACUGUACACCGAUCACAAAUUAUUUUUUAAUUUAACAAAACUAUCAUUGAUAAAAAAAAAUGUACAUAAAAUCAAAACCAAAAUUAAGUUUUUAACUAUAUUACUAAAAAGUUUGAAUCUCUGUAUGUUUUGAAAUGUAUUCAGUAUUAAUAGAUACAACUCUUUUAAAUUUACUAUAUAUAUUUAAAUAAUUGAAUGUGCAAUAAUUAAAAAAAAAUUUUAUUUUGUUUGCUUUGAACAAAUUCUGUAGAUUUUAUUUUAUGAUUAAAUUAUUUAUUCCACGAGUUGUGUUCAUAUUGAAGCAAAUUGACUUAAACAUGGCUUUGUAAACUAUUUUAUUUUAUUUUGGAAUUUUAAAAGUAUCUAGUCCAUUUUUUUUUUUUUUUUAAUAAAAUAUUUAUGAUAACAAAAUAAAACACAUUUAUUAUUUAUGAUAUAUUAUUAACUAUGCUAUCGAAUAAGAGCAAACUAUAUAUUAUUUAUUACUAAUUAGAUCUUAUUAAUAUUAAUAUAUAAAUAAAAUAAUAUGAAAUGUAUAUCAUAUGAAUAACUAAGUAUUCCAUUUGUAAAAUGUUUGAUUGAUAAAGUUGUAUCAACAAUAAAUAAAGGAAUUACCAACUUA